AUGGCGGAGAUUACAGAUCUUGAAACGGCCGGAGAGCAUCAACUGACCAAGGACAUCACGUUCGAUGCCCCAGGAACUGCAUAUCUAGAAGCUUCUGUUGGAACAGGCUCUUUGCAUGGUACAACUAUUUUACAACCACGGCCUACCUCAGACCCCAAUGACCCGUUGAAUUGGUCGUUCUCCCGAAAGUCCUUGAACUUUGCCAUUGCCUCGUUCUUCACGAUGUUGGUCUUUGCUCUGAUUGACAUUGGCCCGGUGAUUUGGCAAGACUUUGAGGAUCUUCUUCAUAUUCCAUACCCCCAGCUCAACAACCAAUAUGCUGUGAACUGUGUCUCUCUUGGCCUGGGAUCAAUUAUACUCGUGCCCUUGGCCCUGAAAUUCGGGCGUCGGCCUGUAUAUCUCUUGACCGCUGUGGUGGUUUUACUUACCACGAUCUGGCAGGCUGUGCUCAGGGACCUGGCAAAUAUGAUGGCUGCACAAGUAUUCAAUGGAAUAGCUUGUGCUGUUGGAUGGACACUGGUUCCUAUUACAGUGAGGAUUUUUGAUGCCAUAUGCUUUGGCCCAUGGGUUUUCCUCGCUCCAGUCGCCGCCGGAUACAUUGCUGAUGGUCAAGGUUGGCCUUGGAUAUAUUGGUGGUCAGCUAUUUUUGUCGCCGUGAACUUGCUUCUAUUUAUCUUCGCUUUUGAGGAAACAAAAUUCUCAAUUCCCACCAUUGCGGGGUCGGGAAUGAGAACUUUAGCAACAGCUCGAAACACCGAGACCGUUAACGCGAGUGAUGUUUUGAAGAGGAUAAAACCAGCAAGCUCUGGUCAGCCUACACCUGCGCAGGAGACUUUUAUUGAGCCAUCUGGAGCAGAUUUUGGAAUCUCCUAUUCUAUCCCUCUGAAAACCUAUCGUCAGCGAAUGGCACUAUUCACGACGACCGCUGGACCCCCGGGACAGUUUAUGCAAAACAUAUACCGACCACUUCAGAUCCUUGUGACCAUCCCAGCCGUAGCUUAUGUUACGGUGCAGUAUAGCUCUGCUUUGGUGUGGUUCGCGGUAGUGGCCACGACACAAUCGGAAUAUCUCGCCUUGCCCCCAUAUAACUUCGGAACGACUGGCAUCGGUCUUUUGAACUUGCCGCCGUUCAUUGGAUCUGUUCUUGGGUGCGUAUGGGGCGGUCCUGUGAGUGAUUGGUCGAUAAAGUUCUUUGCCCGUCGAAAUGAAGGUGUCUACGAGCCUGAGAUGCGGCUUUAUAUUUCCCUUGUCCCUGGUUUAAUCGGUCCCGCGGGUCUGUUCCUGUACGGGUACAGUGUAUCAGAGGGCCUGCCAUGGAUAUUUCCCUGUCUCGGGUCUGGGCUAUAUGGGUUUAGCAUGGCUGCACUUAUUCCAAUCGCUCUGACAUAUUUGACCGACUCAUACCACAAGAUUCUUGGAACCGCAUUGAUUGGGCAGUAUGGGAUUGUACAGCACCUUCACCGCAAUUGGAUGUUUGGCCCUUGGAUGCAACUUGUUAUGUUUUCCAAUGAUUAUCUUCGGCAAGAAGUGGCGGAUCUCUUGCAAGGAGCAAUACAAGAAAAUGUCAAGUACUCAACUCGAUGA